AGCACUUUCUUCAACCUGUGUGUUCGAUCUACCUUCUAUAUCAUCAAUAUUUGCUUAAUCCCUUCCAAGGAUGGCUGGUUUCCACCGUGCAUCUCUUGUGUUCGCCAUGCUUGUUGCUGUAUCAUCCAUGAGCAGCAACUGUUUCCAAGCUGAAGCGCGUCGCCUUCUUGAUACAGGGUUGCCUGAGAUUCCUACCUUGCCAAUGCCUGAGAUACCAACACUGCCUAAACCUGAGCUGCCAACCGUUCCAAAGCCUGAGAUUCCAGCAUUGCCAAAACCCGACCUGCCAACCGUGCCAAAGCCUGAGGUUCCAGAAUUGCCAAAACCUGAGCUGCCAACCGUUCCAAAGCAUGAGGUUCCAGAAUUGCCAAAACCCGAGCUCCCAACCGUUCCAAAGCAUGAGAUUCCUGAAUUGCCAAAACCUGAGCUGCCAAAUGUGCCGAAGCCAGAGAUUCCAGCAUUGCCUAAACCCGAGCUACCAACUUUGCCCAAGCCAGAGGUGCCUAAAAAGCCUGAGACCACCACUCCAUGAAGUCCGUUCUAGCCCAGCUGGAUACACUAGUUUUUAUUAUUAUUAUUAUUCAUUAGCACUUUUCUUCUGAAUUGAUAUUUCCAUUGCGUUUGAUGUGUGUUGGAGUCCAGUCAUGUUGUAUACCGUGAUCUCACGGUUCAUUCAUCUGUAGCUGUUGUCAUAUCGGAGUGUCACUCCUUGUUUCCAGUGGAA